AGCGGGUCUAGGUGGGAAGCAGUCUUGGGGAGGAGGAUGAGGAGGAGAACCCACAGUCUGUGACAGUGACAAUUGCUUCUCUCCGCGGCUUUCCAACCCUGCUUCAGCUUCAUCAUCACCAGCAUCAUCAUCAUCAUCAUCAUCAUCAUCGCCCUCAGCAACAGCCGCUUCAAGCCGCAGCAGUGGGGGCAGCGUCCAUCGACAGCGUGGAGCACAAAUAAGCAGCACGCAUCUUCAAGAGGCGCUCGACUCGACGGGGAAGAUGGGGAAAUGGCAGUUGGCCAAAUGUAAGGAUCAAGAGAUUAAACGAGGUCUUGAUUUAUGAUACAAACCCGAGUUUAUGCAUCAAUAGGAAAUAUUCAAACAACAAGAGACUACCCCAUCUGAAAGCAUAAGGAAACAUGGAUGUAUCUUCAUCCUCGCUGCAGUAUGGAUCAAAAAAGCGGGUAAAGAUUCACCCAAACACAGUGACAGUGAAGUAUGCCACUCACUUCCCCCAGCCUGGCGAUGAAGGGUACGAUGAUGCACCCUCUUUUGAGGAGUUUGGUGCCUUCGCCGAGGCUAAUGUGGGAAAGAGACUGGUGUCGGACACCAAAGGUAGCAGGACUUUGUUUGGAACCAUGGAGACCCAGCCUAAGCAGCCAAGUGUGCAAAAAGACAAGGGGGUAGGGGGCCAGCUGGCCAGCUUCGGAGAGGCGAAUGUGUUGGCCUCCAGGGUGACCUGGAUGGCCUUGUUUGGGGCAGCAGUGGCUCAUGGUUGUGUGGCACUCAUUACUCGUUUAGCAGCUGACCGCUCUAAAGUGCCCUCCCUCGAGAUUCUCUUCAUCCGCUCCGUGAUCCAGGUGCUGUCCAUCCUGGUGGUCUUCUACUACCACGAGGCCCCGUUUGGCCCUAAGGGCUACCGGCUGCGUCUCUUCUUCUACGGUGUGUGCAAUGUAAUCUCUAUCACCUGCGCCUACACCUCUUUCGCUAUAGUACCACCCAGUAACGGCACCAUCAUGUGGCGUGCCUCUACCACAGUCUUCAGUGCGGUACUGGCCUUCCUGUUGCUGGAUGAGAGGCUGGGCUACACAGAUGUGGUCACGGUUGUGGGAAGCGUGUUCGGUCUGUGCCUGGUCAUGGUGCCGAAUGUGGCAGACGAGGAGAAGUCCAGGCUGGGGUUUUGGAAGGAGGCCUUUGGCUACACAAUGACAGUGAUGGCUGGCUUGACCGCUGCCCUCUCCAUGAUCGUCUAUAGAGCCAUUAAGGAGCGGGUCAGCAUGUGGACGGCACUCUUUACCUUCGGCUGGACGGGCACGGUGUGGGGUGCCUCCACCAUGUUUAUCAUGCAGGAGCCCAUCAUUCCUCUGGAUGGGGAGACCUGGGGCUAUUUAAUUGGGAUCUGCAUCUGCUCCACUGUGGCGUUCCUCGGAGUCUACUAUGCUCUAAACAAGUUUCAUCCAGCCUUAGUUAGUACAGUGCAGCACCUAGAGUUCGUGGUGGCCAUGUUCCUCCAGCUCAUUGUUCUGAGGAUGAUCCCGUCUGUCUACGACGUCAUCGGAGGCCUGGUCAUCAUGGUCAGUGUGUUCACCCUGACGGGAGUCAAGCUGUACAGGGUGAGCAGGGCCAUUCGGCAGGAUUAUCAAGAGAUCCUAGACUCACCCAUCAAAUGAGUUUUGAUAUGUCAGUCUAUUUGUUUACAAUGUUGCUUGGUUGUGCAAUUUAAAGAAUGUCUGGAUCUUCAUCUGAUGAUUUUGUAUUGCUGUGUUGUUGGAAGGGUGCCAGUUGUGUAACUAAUGUCUUAAUAUUUGUGUGUGAAAUAAAAGACAAAUGUAACAUGGUGACAUAUGUCCCCCUGAUAGUACUGCUUUAAUGUCAAAUUGUGUCGAAGACCAAAAUGUCCAAAAAAGAAGAAAAAACGAGUCAGUUUAAUUCAUGUGAUUUAUUUUGCUCUAACAUUUUGAACCAUGUUGAAUCUGGUCUUGUGAGUGGUGGUGUAAGAUAACCAUUUUAAUGAUACACACCUUUUAUAGUAAUAAGGUGUGGUGCAUCCCUCUACUGUCACACUGCCACAGUUGUCUCACUGUGUAAAUGUCAGCCCAGAAAUCAUUCAUACUACAUACAAGGAAUGAAAGAAUAAAAAUAAAUACCAUCCAUGUUUCAUAAAAUAACUGGUAUUGCUUUUCUUAGCCUUAAUCUGUUGCUUGCCAAGAUGUGUCAUUUCCUCAAACAAAAUACUAUAAUAGAGGAAACAGCAUAGGAACAGGGGUGGCUAUAUGGUUUAUGGAAGAUCAAUCCUUAGUGUAUGCACAAGCUUUCCCUUUCAGUGCUUUCUUUCUGCCUCUCACGUAAGUUCUUGCACCAGCAGCCGCUUGAUAUUUAACACUAGUGGUUACAUCCCUGGGCGCUGCUUCUGUUUCCUUUCAGACGCAUAUCAAACUAAUGCCCAGAGGCAGGUGCACUGUAUUGAAUUAGUGCCCUUUUACAACAUGAAACCAUCAGAUUUUUUUUUUACUAGUGGACAAUUCAGUGGUUCACCAGUGCCGUUUCCUUUCUCUGUAUAGAGAACCAAGCCCAGGCAGUCAGUCUCUGUGAUUUCCCCACGGCAAAGCAACAGUGAUGGAAUGAGAUAAAGACAUAAUGAUGACGCAGAGCAGAUGAAAGAGGCCAUGUUGCGGUUCAAAACUGACACGACAUGGAUGUUUCACAAAGAGCCCAGCAGGUGGCAUUCACAAUCCACUACAUCACUUAGUCAGAGUUAGCUGUAGUGAAACAUUAUUACAGUCAAUCAUGAUGGUGAUAGUUUCAUAUCCAGUGGUUGAUAAUGAUUAGCUGAGGACAGUUAUUGCAUCAAAACAACUCAAACACUUGGCAAGACACACUUCAUCCAAACCCUGUUUAUUUAGUGAGCAGAAGUAGAAUUAUUGGACAACGUAAUGACCUGAUAAAGGGUUAUAAAUGUAUGACACUCUGUUGAAUGUUUAACAUAUUUCUAUUGCAACCGGAAAUAAUCAGCAUUGUGGUUAUAACCACACGCAAAGCAGAAGUGUUGCUCAAAUCAAAUCAUUCAUUGUGAUGAUAAUCUACUACCACUAAAAUGAUAAGUAACCCACAAGCUUAAUUAAUUUACAACCAAAAGUUGCACAACAAUCAUGAACACGUAACAAUGUGAAAUUGUCUUUUACUUUGAAGACACACUUUGCCUGUCAUGUCACAUUUUCUUUUAAAACACUAUGGUUGAGAGCUAAAGUUUAUUUUUCAAA